CCACUACUUCCAAAUUCAACAGCUUUAUAUCCUAGAAUUUCUGAUAAAAUGCCUUGGAAAGAUCAGCUUAAUCGUUUUAAGCAAGAAUUGAAUCACUUAGUCGCCGAACCGAAAGCGGCAUCACAGCCACCACCUGUGCCGCCUCAUCCGCCAUCUGAGCCGCCGUUCCGUGGUGAGGUCUAUUGGAAACCGCAGUUUUAUCCCAAUGUUCCCGUCAAUCACGAGUGGGAGGCAAAGCUAGGCAAUGGACCAGAUGGAUGGGGGAAUCAAGAGCUGCAGUUUUAUACUGCUGAACAGCAAAACGCCUUUCACACUCCUGAAGGCAUGCUAGUCCUCCGAGCCCUUGCGAAUAAUUCUGCUCCUUCUCCGGAGCAACGUUAUACAUCAGCUCGCCUUGUCAGCAAACAGACUUUGGCCCGCGACAAAGGCGUUCUCACAGCCACCAUAUUAUCCCCUUGUGCUGAGGGUAUUUGGCCCGCCUUCUGGCUUCUGCCGCGAGAGCCUUUCUCUUGGCCUACUGACGGUGAGAUUGACAUUGCGGAAACGUGGAACGGGGAUCAUGAAAAUCGGACUUGCCUUCACUGGGGGUAUCACCAUGAACCACAUAAACACCGAGUUUUGGGCACUCGCAUUCCUGACAUGCACUGCCGCCCGGUAAGAUAUGACUUUGCUUGGGAGCAGCCAAAUGGCGUGCCCGGCCAGGGAAGAAUGAUCUGGUAUAUCGAUGGCAGACCAGUAAUGAAGGGCGAAGUUCCAGGCGGCACUCGACCCCUUCGAGACAUGACCAUUCUGUUGAACGUGGCCAUCGGGGGGAACGUGUGUGGCGGGAAAACACCCCGGGAUGGAUACUACGAUAUGGUUGUUUAUAAUCUCUCAAUGGUAAGUGAGCUGGAAUAUGGAGGAUGGGGCAGGUUUGAGCAAGAUUGGCAUCAUCCAUCCGUGCCAUCUGGAAAUACAUACUAGAGUCAGUCGAUACGAGUACCUCUGAACUCUGAACUCUGAACGUACAUAUGUUAUAAUACAUCUAACGUACGAUAUCGGGAGCUUCAAAUUCAUAACCAAGCCUUAAAUUUGCCCAUAUCGGGCUAUUGUUGUUGGUAUUGGU